GUGUACGGCUAACGGCCAUUGUUCACUGCUGUUAAUGUCUCGAUUCACUCGUGUUGAUUUUAGAUUUGUAGGAGUUUUUGGAAUUUGUGUGUAUCUUAUUUGUACUCGCUUUCGGGUGUAAAUUAACGAUUACGUGAUUACGUAUAAGGUUUAUUGAAAAUGACUACCGAUAAUAUUGAAAAGUUAUAUCAAAAUUAUGGAGUUCUCGCCGACGCCAAGGAUGAUAUUUCAAAGAAUGAAAAGGAGUAUUUGGAAAUAUUAGCUGCUGUCAAAGGCUCCGAUAAAGAAAAACGUUUAGCAUCACAGUUUAUCGCCAAGUUUUUUAGCAGUUUUCCUAGUCUAUCUGAGCAAGCUAUAGAGGCUCAAUUUGAUUUAUGUGAGGAUGACGAUGUUGCGAUUCGUAAGCAAGCCAUCAAAGAGUUGCCUAUAAUGUGUAAAAGUAACAAGGAACAUACUCAAAGGAUAGCUGACAUAUUAGCUCAAUUGAUGCAAUCUGAGGAUCCUACUGAAAUCAAUGUGGUCACUAAUUCACUGUUGGCCAUAGUAAAAAUUGAGCCUCUAGGUGCUCUGGCUGGUAUUUUUUCCCAAAUUCAUCAAAGUACUAAUAGUGAAGUACCAAAUGAGACUGUUAGGGAGAGAUGUAUUAAGUUUCUUGCUACAAAAGUUAAACAACUGGGAAGAGAAGUUAUCAAUAAAGAGGCAGAGGAUCUGAUUAUUGUUGAAGGCAAGAAAAUAUUAGAGGAUGUUGGAGCUGAAGAAUUUGAACACAUAAUGGAUUUGCUAGCUUGGUCACGACUGGGCAAAACUCCAGCUGGCAAAAAAGAAUUGACACAAAUUAUUGCAACACUUGCCUUUUCACCAGAUGAUUGGCAUCCUGAAGAUUUGGAAUAUGUUGAUAGACUCAUACAGUGUUCCCAACAUGCUUUGCCAUUGUUCACGGCACAAGUUGAUUCAACUCAGUUUGUUAAUAUCUUUUGUGACCAUGUUCUGUCAAAAUGGAGUAAUAUUGCUACAACAGGUGGAGGGACAGAUACUAAGCUGGAAAUAUUAAAAAUAUUUGCAGAACUUACUGAACAUUGUGGGGAUAUUGAAGAUAUUGAAAAGAAAAUUAACACUGUUUACAAUGUUUUAUUGGAGUAUCUACCAGAAGCACCAGUACCAACAGAAGAUGAGAGCACAGAUAAAGAUGUGGAAAAGGAAAAAUCUGAGGAAAAUAAGACAGUUCCUUCUCUUCAAUUUUCUCAUGUAGAAUGUGCAUUAUUUGCUUUACAUUCAUUAUGUAGAAAAUCUCCAGAAGCAAUUGGUGUUGAUGCAGCAAGGCUAAAGGCGUUACGCCUCCGCCUACAGUAUACAGCAAGAUUGACACAGGGAUAUAUUAAAAAGUUGAAAGAAGUUACUCAGGGUAAAAAAGGUGAGGAUUCUAACAGUGAUGAAAACAAGUUGAAGAUAGCUGCUUUGAAAACAACUUCUAAUAUUAAUACAUUGAUUCGUGACCUAUUCAGAACACCACCCAGUUUCAAGAGCAAAAUACAGUUGUCAUUUGCAUCAGCUAAAGGACCUAAAGAGGAAAAAGUAGUUUUACCAGCAGAAGAAAAAGAGUCAGGUGCACAAAAAAGACAUCGUCCCAUUACAUUUGACAAUGGCGAGAAAAAAGAAUCACCCGAAAAGCGUUCAAGAAGUGGCGAUAGAAAUAUAAAAAUGUAUACUCCACCAUCAGGGAAAUAUAGUUCAAGAUUCAACACGGGUCGAUUUAGUGGGGGAAAUUCUGGAAGGGGCAGGGGUUAUGGCAGACGGGACUUUCAAAACAAUGGUGCUUCAUUUAGAAGGCGCAAUUACUAAUGACAAAUGACAUCUUAGAAACUGACUUUGACAUUGACUUGUGUGAAUAUUAGGUUUAAUUUCUUAGGGUUUGCCAAUAUCAGAUAUAGGCAAUGGCUGAAAAAGGGUUCUGAUUUUUAUUGUAGCCAGAGUUCCAUCAUUUCAGGAUGCAGCAAACCUUUUUGCAAUAAGAAUGAAUGUGAGUAUAUGCCUGACUAAUACAUAAGUAUUGGUAAAUUUUUUUAUAGGUGUGGUUGCCGAUUUCAUUGAUAUGAUCAUCACUGUACUAUUCCUGGUCAUACUAUAAGUAUAUUAAGUUUACUUCAUCCAUAGACUGCAGAACAUCUCAAGGUAAGUAGUAUCUUCAAUUCAACUACUUUAUACUAAUCCUGGUCAGCAGACAUUUGAGAAUGCAGUUUUCCUGUCAACUUUAAUGUAUCUUUUUCAGAUUUUCAACUUUAAUUUAAUAAAUAAAUCUAUCAAACUUUGAA